UACUAACCGAAAUGAAAGCACACGCUGCAAAUCCUAGCCUACUGGUUGUUCAGGUCAGUCCUGUAUGGCCGCUUCUUUUUUUUCCUUUUUAGGCGUUGCAUUGCGUGCUAAAGUAGGCUACUCUUCGACGACAGUAUAGGCUACGGCACUGGAGUCCGACUCUGAUUCCUCCGUUAACAAGACCAUUAAGCAAAGGUUAUCCAGCCAUCUCAGAGCCAGCCAUGUCCGGUGGUCCACCCCCCAUGCCAGCGCCUGUGUGCCUGAUUGAGAACACAGACCAGGGCCUGCAGACGGUGGAGUCGGCCCUCAACCUCCUGCGGAGCAUUCAGCAGCCCGUGGUGGUGGUGGCCGUGGUGGGGCUCUACCGCACCGGCAAGUCCUACCUCAUGAACCGGCUGGCCCAGCAGCAGUCAGGCUUCGCCCUGGGCAGCACCAUUGAGUCGAAGACCAAAGGCAUCUGGAUGUGGUGUGUGCCUCAUCCCAUGAAAAAAGGACACACACUGGUGCUGCUAGACACUGAAGGACUUGGUGAUGUCGACAAGGGUGAUGAGAAGAACGAUGCCUGGAUCUUCUGCCUGGCUGUGUUGCUCAGUAGCACCCUGGUCUACAACAGCAGAGGCACCAUCGACAACCAGGCCAUAGAGAAACUCCAUUACGUGACGGAGCUGACCGAUCAGAUCCAGGUAAAGUCCGCAGGGGCCAGUGAACAGGACGACGACGAGAUGGCGGAGGAGUGUGAGUUUGUCCGCUUCUUCCCCAGCUUUGUGUGGGCUGUUCGAGACUUCACUCUGGAGAGGAAGAUCAAUGGUCGCAACGUGAGUGAUGAUGAAUACCUCAACUUUGCCCUGCAGUUGAAAAAUGGUUUGAGUCCCAAGGUGAUGACCUACAACCUCCCGAGGCAGUGCAUCCGAAGCUUCUUCCCAACCCGGAAGUGCUUCACCUUCCCGUUCCCGACGGCAGCAAACAACAUGUCACACCUGGACUCCAUGGCUGAGGCCGACCUUGACCCAGACUUCCGGAACGUUGCUGAUAGUUUCUGCACCCACAUAUUCACAGAGAGCCGCGUGAAGACCGUACAGGGAGGCCAUAAGGUCACCGGCAGCCGGUUCAGCCAUCUUGUGAAGAUCUACGUGGACACCAUCAACAGUGGCAAGGUUCCCUGUCUGGAGAACGCAGUGGUUGCCAUGGCGGAGAUCGAGAACCAGUCGGCUGUGGAUGAGGGCUUCCGGCUCUAUGUGCAGGGCAUGGAGAACCUGAAGAAGAACUUCCCCGUUGAUCUCGAAUCUCUCUCGGCGGAACACCAACGCGCCUCAGCCUUGGCAACGCAGGAGUUCCUGAAACGUUCCUUCAAGGACACAGAGGGGAAGUACAUGACACAGCUGCAGGAGAACGUGGCGAAGCUCUAUGAUCAGUUGAUCAAUGAUAACAUGGACGCUUCAGAGAAGCUGUGCAGGAAGCUUCUCUCUGAUCUGUAUGCGCCUAUGGCUGGCAACAUUCAGCAGGGCAUCUAUGCCAAGCCAGGCGGGUACGAGAUCUACUGCCGCGACCGAGACGCUAUGGUGGCCAAGUACCGGCAGGAUGGCAAGAAGGGCAUGAAGGGGGAGGAGAUGUUGGAAGGGUUUCUCCAGGAGAGGAGUGCCGAGGCCAACUCAAUCAUGAAGGCUGACGAGAAACUCACCGAGGCCGACAAACAGAGGGCCGAGGAGGCGCAGAAGAUAGCGCUGCUGGAGCAGGAAAACAGGAUGGAGGAGGAGAAGAACAAACGGCUAGAGAGCCUCCUGGAGGAGGAGAAGAGGACUCACGAGGAGAACCUCAACCGUCUGAACGAGAAGCUGAAGCAGGAAUAUGCGCUGCUGGCGGGUGAGCAGGAGAGGGCGCUGGAGAGAAAGAUGGCGGAGCAGACGGUGCUCCUCACCCAGGGCUUCCACCAGCAGGAGCAGGAGCUGAGGGAGCAGAUCCAGCAGCUGAAGAAGGAGCAGGCCCAGAGGGAGGCCGAGGAGGCGCGCCUGCAGAGGGAGCACCAGCAGCAAGCCGCCCAGGCCACCAUGCAGGUCUUAGGCAACACCCUGGAGACAUACUACAACUACAAGCAAAAGAAAGAGGAUCGUCGCCUUCAACAGGUCAAGGCCCAGAAGGAGAAAUACACCUACAAGAAGAGGUUGAUGGCUGCGGCAAAGAAAGUCGGGAUGGAGUCAAAGGUCACGGGAGUGCUGAAGGCCGGGGCAUCUGAACAGACGGCCAGGGCAUCUGAACAGAAGUCUGAUUAAGAUUUUGCCACCAGAUAUCUGGCAUAGAUUUCCAGUCACUUGUAGGCCUACAAUAUAUAUAUUAUUUUACUCAACAGUCUUCAUUACUGUUCAGGUGUAAUUACUGUACGUAGUACUGUUCUAAGGUGGGAAGAAUUUUUUUUUUUUUUUUUUUUUUUGACAGCAUCAGUAACUCGCUGAUUUAUUGAGCUAGAAUUCUCAAAUUUUUACAGAAAGCGAUUUUUCAUAUGGGUAAAUAACAUUUUGAAUGGGAAUUUUGAACUAUCGCACCUGACCCAGAUGUGGCACAGUCUCUGAUUUGACCCUUUUACACUUUUGGCUUUGAGUCACCUAACAGCUCCACAUAUAGACAACACACACACACACAUACAUACACACACACACACACAAACACAAUCGUAGGUUUCAGAAUA